ACAACUAUAGGACAUCAAAAUCUGACUGAACUCCAAACAACAAUUAGUCCAAACAAAAUGCAGGAGAAGAGCUUUUCAAGCAUUGAAAUCUUUAAGAUAUGCAUAUUUUUUGUCACCUUAGUUGUAGGUGUCAUUGGAAAUGGACUCGUCAUCUUUGUGGCCGGCUACAAAAUGAAGACGACAGUCAACUCCAUUUGGUUUCUCAACUUGGCGAUUGCAGACUUCCUUUUUACUACGUUCUUGGUUUACGAAAUUGUUGCUGCCUUUGAAAGUAGUUUGCAUUGGCACUCCAACAAACUCAGAGAUGCAUGUUUGAUUUUUGGUGUUGUAAUUAUGUUUUUAAGUGUUUUCUUUCUGACAGUUAUCAGUGUGGAUCGAUGUCUGUGCACAUGGUUUGUUGUUUGGGUUCAGAAUAAGCGAACUUUAGUCAAAGCCAGAAUCAUCAGUGUAUUUGUGUGGAUUUUAUCCAUCUGCUGCAGCCUCCCUUUUGGCAUUACCGAGUAUGUAUUUGAAGCUGAAAAUGCCAACAAUGUUAUGAUGUCUCUGCAAACAUACAUAUUUAUUGUGGGAUUUGUAAUUCCCUUUAUAAUCAUUGCAUCUUCAUACAUAGCUAUUGGUGUGUGGGUAAAACGUCUCAAAAGAGAAAAGCAACUUCGGCCUUUUCGGGUUAUCAUAUCUGUGAUUCUGGCUUUUUUCAUAUGCUGGUUUCCUUUCCAUGUUCAAAAAUUGUGUUUAAUAAUUGCAGUAAAGUAUAACUGGAGUGAGAGUGUUAUAGGGGAACUUGAUGCUGCAGGACCUUUUGUAGACUGUCUGGCUUUUUUUAACAGUUGUCUGAACCCCAUUCUCUAUGUGUUCAUGUGUGAUGAGUAUAAGAAGAAACUUAAAAAGUCUCUCCUGCUGGUGUUUGAGGCAGCUUUUACUGAAGAAACAACCAUCUGAUCCUUUACUGAUUCUUUAGCAAGAGA